AUGUCCAGUCUUUCAUUGAUCGAUUCCGUCAUCGACGACGACGACGAGUUCUGCCCCCUCUGCAUUGAAGAGUUCGAUCUCUCCGAUAAGAAUUUCAAACCGUGUCCUUGUGGAUACCAGAUUUGCCAGUUCUGCUACAACAAUAUUAAGACGCAGAAUGAAGAAGGACGAUGCCCUAACUGUCGGCGCGGAUACGAUGAAAGUACCAUCCAGUACAAGAUUCCUGACGUCGAAGAGUUCAAGGCAGAUCUGGCGCUGAAACAUCGCAAGGCGGCUGCUGCCAAAAAGAAGGAAGCCGAAAAGCGUGAAAUCGAGGCUUCCAGUCGGAAGAACUUGGCCGGCGUCCGUGUCGUUCAGAAGAACUUGGUCUACGUUAUCGGCCUCAACCCUACCAUCCGAGACGAAAAUCAACUCCUCCAAACGCUCCGUGGACGGGAAUAUUUCGGUCAAUAUGGCGAAAUUGAGAAAAUCGUGGUCAGCAAGGCUAAACCCGGCGGCAACCCUAACCAGGGUAUUGGUGUUUAUGUGACUUUCUCGCGCAAAGCCGAUGCUGCGAUGUGCAUUAACGCUGUGGACGGUUCCGGAAAUGGCGAUCGAGUGCUCAGGGCGCAGUACGGAACAACGAAAUAUUGUUCGUCCUUCCUUCGCAAUGAGCAGUGCAAUAAUCGGAACUGCACUUUCUUGCACGAGACUGGUGAAGAUAGCGACAGUUACAGCCGCCAGGACCUCUCAUCCAUGAACUCGAUUUCCACCCAACGCCCGAAUCUCCCACCUACCCCCUCUCACGUGAGGUCCGCUCAACCCAUCGCCCAUCCUAUGCGCCGGCAACCAAGCAAGGAUGACUCGAUCAGCAGUCGCACCGGCAUACCAGAUGGCCCGGCUCUCCCAUCAACUGCCAGCUGGGCUAACAAAGAUGUGGCAACUGCUAUUCACCGAACCAGAAGAACUAGUCUCACUGGUAGCCAAGCCUCCAAUAGCCCACGGCCCGCAAGUGUCAAUGUUGCGACCCCGGUUGAAGAACCAAAGCGAGUGGAGAAGCCAUCUCCUAUUUCCCAAACAGCCCCACAAUCAACCUCCCAAGUCGAUCCCCAAUCUCCUGCCCCACAACCACGUCCUCGUCGAGCGACUCCACCUCCCAAGCUGCCAUCACCGUUUGACACUUUGCUCAAGGAUAUAAACUCUCCGGAUUUCAAGUUUUCCUUUAGCACGGCCGAACUAACUGCCGAAGAGGUCAAAUUAAUCAAGGAUUACCCAUCUUUCAUCGAUCCGUAUGGUGGUGUCAAACGCAGAGCAAUGCGCGAGAAGGUCGAGCAGGAGCGUCUCAGUCGCGAGCACGAGUUGCUCCAAUCUGUUGCGGCGGAGGAGGAUAGCCGCGAAGCUGGUAGCCUCCAGCUAGGUGGUGAGCCAGAAGAAGCAAAUCCCCCUCGCAGUCGCCAGACACGGGAGUCGCACGGUGCUAUCCAACCCCCCUCGCAGCAAGACACUGCGGACAAUUCAACGGUUGCAUCUCCUGUCUCUGCAACUAGCCAUCAAUUUCAAGGCUUGAACCUCGCUGGACGAAGCUUAACACCCUUGCAACAACAGCAGUUGAUGUUACUCAAGUCCGCCGGUAAUCAACAAGCUGGUCUGACUGACCCUCUCAGCUCCGCUGCUCUAGAGCAAGCCGCCCAAGCCCGCCAAGGUCUUGGGCACAAUCAGAUGGCACAGUUCAAUGCGCUGCAGGCAGCACAGAGCCGACAGUCUUCCCGAUUUUCCUUCACCAAUGAGGCUGGUUCUAAGAAUAUGCCUAAUGCACGCAUGUUAGGCCAGAUGCAAUCGUCGUCUCCUAACCCUCUUUCUGCACCAAGCCCUCAACAUGGUCUUGCAGCAAGUGGUUUCUAUGCCAGCGGUGUGCAGGGUCCCCCGCCGGGACUCAAGACAGCUGGCACCCCUCCCAUCAGUGGUGGUGGCAUGUUUGCCCAGGGGCAUGGCUUCACCUCUGGGCUUGGUGGUAAUGGAGGAAAGCAAGACCCAACCCCGGAGCUAAUGCGUGAGCUACUGCGUGGACGAACUGGUACGAAUGUUGGUGGUUUACAGGGCCAAGAGUCUUCUAAGCGUGAGUUUAUGUUCCCCUUUCUUCAACAGCACAAUACCCCUCCCCCCAUGACUCCUGCCAAUGGCCUUCUCAGCUCCUUCUAUGGACCCCAAGCGGGUGUAAUGCCUGAUCUUGGAGGUCCACAGAAGCAGAAGAAGAAGGGGAAGAAGCACAGAAACGCUAACACUUCCUCCGGUGGAGGUGGUGUAGUAGAUCUUGCGGACCCGAGCAUUUUGCAGGCGAGAAUGCAUCAAGUCGGUGCGAAUGCUACUGCUGGGCAAGCGUUGUACGGGAGUCAGGGUCAAGUAAACGAUGACUUUCCGCCUCUUGGGGAUCAAUCCAAAGAUCGACGGCCUGUCGACAGCUUUGGGUUUUUGAAGUCUCAAUUACCUGGCGAGUCAGCCGCUCGUGCUGGUACGCCUACUUUGCCACCUGGACUACCUUUGCCCCAUGCCCAUCCCUCGUCUUCUGUCUUUCAAGAACACAGUUCCUCUAAACCUUCGUCUCCUGCUCCCAUGCUCCCACCUGGCUUGACACCCAACGUUUCAAGACUUAACAGCCCAUCGCAGAGCCGUUUUGACAGCCCCUCUCGUCUUUUGAGUCCUGAACUCACCGUGGGCGGACCUUUGACCUCAAGCCGCGUGAAAGACGCUUCUCAAAUCUCCUUCGGAUCGCCCGUGCAAAAGUCUGCAAGCAAGGCUCGUAUCCAGCGCAAGAACGAGUUCAACAUUGGGGCUGAUUUUAAGGACUCCCCUGCCAAACCUACAACCCAGUCGCAGCCGGGCUCUACUAUUACGAAAGGGAGCUCAUUAGAUUUUAGCACCUCCCUGCCUACAUCCGUCAAGACUGAGCAGGCACCAGCUCCUAGCUCUAUUUCCGCAAUCGGGUCGCGGCCCGACACCCCCCAAACAAUCGCGUCUCGCCUCUCUGACUCCCCUGCCCCUCGUCAACCUCGUAUUCUUCGCGUGGUAGAAACACCAAAGACAGAAACUCCUCCCGUCGUCACCGCACCCUCUGUGACCACUUCAGUUGUUGGUACCAAGUCCCGCUCUAGGAGACAGAGUAUUUCAUCAAUCAGUAUCGCGGACACUCAUGCUGAUGCAGGAUGGGAAGGUGAUUAUCCUUCUACGUCUGUUUCUCGUGCGAAUUCCCCUCCUGCUUCUUCUCGUAUCGGCUCCGCCCCAGUCCGCGCCAUGACCAAGAGCCAGGUCAAAAAGGAACGGAAGCAGAAGGCGAAGGAGGCCGAGGCUAAGAAGGUUGAAACUGCGGCUGUGAAUGAGGAACCUGUUCAAGCACCUAUCAUGGGGCGAAAGCGCAAGACCAAGAAGGCCCCCACAGCCACUGUGACCACAGCCGCUACACCCACUACCAGUGCCCCUGAGAAGAUGAGCCCUGUGAAAACAACGAACGUUUCUCCAGUCAAGACUGAACCCAAGGUGGAUGCCACAAAGAAAGUGAAAGCUAAGGAGACCAAGCCUGUCAGAGAGCCUACUCCUCCUCCCCCUGUCGAAGAGCCACCUGCUCAGAAGGAAACCAUUGUAGAGCCAUGGCGUUCAAAUAAUACAAUUGGACAGCUGGUCAAGGAUUCCGAGGCUCUUGGAAGGUCAAUCAAGGAUCUUUUCGUUGAACGAACUAAGCCUCUUCAUGAAUUGCUCGCUGAGAUGCACAAGUCCGGUGAACUUGACCUCAACAAAAGUUCCCUCUUCAAUCCUAGCAACCUCAGCCAGCGCACUGACAUGAAGUGCACUGCUGAAGACUAUGAUUAUCUCCAGUGUCCAAAUGAGUUGACCGAGGAGGAUCGGAAAACUCUGCUUCGCGGAGAGCCUGUUCGAAUCGGUGAUGAUUUCCUCAAGACCCGAUGCCUCAUCACGCCCCGUGGCUGUGUCCUACGCCACCUCGAGCCAGAAGAGGAGGAGCGGUACCUAGAGCUGGAGAAGAACAUGACCAAUAUCUCCGAUCCUUUCAUGAUUGGAGAUGACGCAAGCAAUCCCAGUGGAGGUCUGGAAGCACUUUUCGCAAAUCCGGAAAAGUUCAACAUCUGCUGGGUCGACGACAUGCCCACACGCCUUGGUGCCACAUCCCCAUCCUCUUCUCUCGAGGCGGCGGAAUCCGUGAUCCCGCCUAACGUCCUCUCGGCCAUGGAGGCAGACAGCACUCGCAACCAUGAUUGGGCUGUCGCCAACUCGGCAGAAUUUCUUAACACAACCCCUGCUGCCGUGCGUUCCUUUGCUGCAGUUACCGCGCAGCACAUGCUGGGCAACCCGGGCAUGGUCGGUACCAACCCAACUCUUGACGACGUUGCCAGCUUGACCAACGAGGAGCUGAAGGAUCUUUCUGGUCGUUCUCAGAAGGACCUUGAGCUCACCCGGAAAGAAAUGGAUGCGCUGGACAAGAAGUUCGCAGCUCUUCUUCGACGCAACAAGAAGCUUCAGCAGCAGGCUUUGACCUUUGCUGCUGGAUCGGAGGUGUAA